AUGAACAUCAGUGAAAUCGGUGUAACUCUGUCGCAAGUGAUCGAUAGAGAUGCGUUUUACUCCGAGUUCCAAACGGUGGUGAAUAGGAUUUUUGCCCAGUAUUUGGUGAAAUUCUUCUGCACCUGCAUCGUACUCAGCGUUAAAGGUGACUCGGCCAUCGCAUCCGAAAGCUUUCCUCAUCCGUUUAUAGCGAUCGAUUUCGAAGAUGCGAAUAUCGUCGAAUCGGAUGUACUGUUGCGUGCGAUUGAUAAUGGAUGCCAGGCGUUCGUUGUGGCACAAUCGGUGGCCGUUCAGUUUUUGGACCAGUUUCACCCGGUACACGAUCGUGCCGUAACACGGUUCCCCGAGAAGCGACUGAUCAUCAUUGGGGAUGUGAUGAACGUAGAUGGCGUUGAAAUGAUGCGAAAUGGGAUUCUAAACCAUAGCGCCAUCGGUGAUGUGAUAGACCUGCUGCUUGUACAGUCCCGUGUCGACCUUAGGCGUGUGGACCUGCUGACUGGUCAGUUUGAAUUGCAACCGACCGAUAGCGAUGGCUGGAUCGUGCUGGACAGUUUCAGUCUAGUUGCGGAGGCCGAAGCUGCGACGACACGUGCCGGUUGGAAUUUGUUCCCGAACAAGCGGACCGACCUUCGCGGGCGCUUUCUCCGGCUGGCCAUAUUCAACUACGAACCGUACACCAUCUGGAAGGAGGCGGACGGGCCGGAAGAGGCCAACGCGUACUAUGAGCAUCGCCGAUCGCUCAGCAUCGACGGUACCGAGGCGCAGCUUUUCAUCGAGUUUUGUGCGAAAUUGAACUGCAGCCUGGAGAUCUCGUUGGACGAGGAGGGUGAGUGGGGCCAGAUAUUUGACAACCGCACCGGUGACGGCAUCAUCGGUGCGCUGGUCGAGCGGAGGGCGGACGUUGGCGUGGGGGCCCUCUACUCGUGGUACCACGAGUUCCGGUUCCUGUCCCUCUCGAAGCCCAUCUCGAGGACCGGUGUCACCUGCAUCGCACCGAAACCGUUGCCGCUGUCCUCUUGGAUGACACCCAUUUUGCCGUUCACGCUGGUACUGUGGUUGGCCGUGCUGGGGAGCUUCCUGGUGGCGAUCGUGUUCGAUGUUCUGUUCAGCUUCGUGACGCACAAGUUCACCCCCAGUGAGUCCGGCCGUGUCGACAUUUGCGAGUCCGUAAUGGCCGUCAUGUCCAUCUUCAUUCUGCAAGCCGUACUGUUGCGCUUCAACAAGAACCCGUUCGUGUCGCAGAUGAUCCUGAUCGGUUCGUUCCUGCUCGUCGGUCUGAUGGUUGGCAACGCGUACAGUGGCGGACUGUCCAGCGUGAUGACGGUCCCGCGAUACGAGAAGUCGAUCGAUACGGUCCAGGAGCUGGCGGAUCGUAACCUUCGCUGGGGUUCAACGCAUGACGCUUGGAUAUUUUCGAUUCAACUUGCCACUCAGCCGACGAUUGUGAAGCUACUGAACAACUUCUUUACCGCGCCGAAGGAAGUGUUGCACCGGAACGCGAUUGAGCGCAACAUGGCGUACAGUAUCGAGCGGCUGCCCUACGGUCACUACGCCAUCGGCGAGUACAUUACGGAGCGGGUGUCGCCCGACUUCGAAAUAAUGCUCGAAGACAUCUACUGGGAGAACUGUGUCGCAAUGGCGACCAAAACCUGGCCCCUCAUGAACGAGCUGGACGAGCUGACGCUGGUCAUCUUCCAGAGUGGCAUGCAGCGGUUCUGGGAGAAUAAGGUGGUGUCGAAGUUCGCCGAUAACAAGGUCCAGCACGCCAUCUCGACGUCGCGCCAUUUCGACAAUCCGGGCCCGAUUGCGUUGCAACCGUCGCACCUGCUCGGCGCGUUCCUGCUGCUCGCCUUCGGUCUCGGCCUCGGGCUGGUUGGCUUUGCGUGCGAGCUCCUGUGGCACAGAUUCUCCUACCGGCCGAGGGAGACCCGAGCACGGGAGCUGGCCCCCUAG